AGAUUGUCGCAGGCGCCAGCGGCCAACAUGGCGGACUCUGUGCAGCCGGUGAAGCGGGGGCGCCUACGCUCCACGUGGCUGCGGGCCCGCAAGGCCCGGACCCAGCUCGUCCUCAGUCGUCGGCCUCGCCGCCGGCUCGGGGCCCUGCGCUGGUGCAGCCGGAAACGCUUGCGGCGGCGGCUGCUGCAGGCCCAGGCGGCCGGCGCGGACUGGCGGGAGGGCGGCUCCCUGGUGUGGCGCGCGGCGGCCCGGAGGCCCAAGACCGCAGCCCCCAGUCCGGCUCCCAGCCCGGCCGCGGCCCCGGCCCCGAGCGGCCCCGCGGUCCUUCCCAUCCCGCCAGUGCGCCCGGCCGGUCCGGGCCGCGCGUUGUUGCUCCUACCGCUCAGGCAGGGUUUUACUUUUAGCGGGAUCUGUCGUGUGACCUGCCUCUACGGCCAGGUGCAGGUGUUUGGUUUCACCAUCAGCCAAGGCCAGCCUGCCCAGGAUGUCUUCUCUCCCUACACCCACUCGCGCCUGACUAUCAAUGCAGUUCACUACACGAUGCCUGAGAACAGCAAGAAGGAGAUGAAAAGGGAAGCCCGAACUUUGCUCAGAUCUCAUCUUAACCGAGAUGACAGGAGUUGGUUGAUGAAGAACUUUUCUCCUCUGUGCUCCAUCUUGAUGCUGGAACGUCUGAAAACCUCCACUGUAAACUUCAUAACCAGCCACCCAGGUUUAUCUAACGUUUUUGUACAAGAGACUCCAACUUUCCAAAUUAAUUCUGAAUAUUUAGCCUUGAGGUCUGUUGGCAUUAGAAGAGAGAAAAAAAAAAAAGGCCUUCGUUUAACAGAGAGGAUGCUUUCAGCCGUGGAGGAGCUUGUCAGCGUUUCUCGUGAAGAAGUAGAUGGCUGCCCUAUCAUUCUAGUUUGUGGACAUCAGGACGUUGGAAAGUCAACUUUUAAUAGAUACCUGAUGAACCAGUUGUUAAAUAGUAUUCCCUGUGUUGACUAUUUGGAAUGUGAUCUGGGACAGACAGAAUUUACUCCUCCAGGUUGCAUUUCUUUACUUAAUAUUACAGAACCAAUUCUAGGACCACCUUUCACCCAACAGAGGACACCACAGAAAAUGGUUUAUUAUGGAAAGCCUGCUUGUAAAAACAACCAUGAGAAUUAUAUUGAGAUGAUAAAGUAUGUGUUCAGCUCCUACAAGAGAGAGUCCCCUCUUAUCGUCAACACGAUGGGCUGGGUGAUAGACAAAGGGCUUUUGCUUCUCAUUGAUCUGAUCCGGUUGCUGGCUCCCAGCCAUGUUGUUCAGUUCAGUUUUGGCCGAAGUAGAUACAUGCCAGAUCUCACCCCUGACUACGUAGACAGCAUGGAUGGCCUGUACACGAAAAGCAAGGCCAAAGUCAGAAACAGAGGUUACCAGCUGGCUGAAUUUGCAGAUAAUUUGGAAUUUGCUGACGAAGAAAAGGAGAGUCCACUUGUGUUUACUGGACAUAAACUGAUGUGUGUCCAGUCGGAUUUUGUUAAUAGAAAAACUCCAAGAAACAGAGAGUCACACAACAAAGUCCUGCGUGAUUUGGCGGUGCUGGGUUACCUCGGCCAGCUGCAGCCCCCAGUGCCGCAACCACUUUGUCCCCUGCAUGGUCUGAUACCCUAUCAGGUCCCUUUCAAUGCAGUUGCACUCCGGAUUACUCACUCUGAUGUCGCUCCUACCCAUAUAUUAUAUGCUGUGAAUGCCAGCUGGGUUGGUCUUUGCAAAAUCCUGGAUGAUGUCAGAGGAUAUGCAAAUGGGCCCAUCCUGCUUGCCCAGACUCCGAUCUGUGAUUGUGUAGGGUUCGGAAUUUGUAGAGGCAUUGACAUGGAGAAGAGGCUUUACCACAUUCUCACUCCUGUGCCCCCAGAGGAGCUAAGAAACGUGAAUUGUCUGCUGGUCGGAGCCAUUUCCAUCCCACAGUGUGUCUUCAAGAGCCAGCGCGGGCUUGAAGGGACAAUACCUUACAUCACAACAGAUUACAAUUUUAAACUUCCUGGAGCAUCAGAGAAAAUUGGAGCAAGAGAAAUUGAGGAAAACUGUGAACGGAAACUAUACCCCAGGCCUAAGUUCUAUCGAAAAAUAAACUGAUGCUGAUGUCUUUAAUAAGGGAAGGAACUUUUCUACCAGAAAGCUUGACUGUCUCCAGCCUGACGUCAGCAGACAAUGGGGCUUUUUGGCGGUGAAGGAUGCACUUGCAUAGCAAAUGGUGUUUCCUGUAACUCACGAGUAUGUUUAGGGCAAACUCAACUCUCUUCCUAAGGCUCCAUGACCUAGAGUUCGGCCCUAGGCUCCGGUAUAGCCAAUCAUACUUUGUUUUCUAAAGUGAUAAAGCAGCAAGGAGACGUUUGUACACCACCAGAGCAGAAAGAACACAGUUGAUUCCUUAAAAAGAUCUUUUAAGAACCUGGUUGUUAGAAUCUGGAUAAAAAUAGGUACAGUGGGGCCACGAACACGUACCAGGGAAGAAGGCAGGCUGGCCAGCAGUACUGUGAGCAUAACAGGAUGUGGAGGCAGCGAUGGCAGCUCCCGCAUGCCAGCAUCCCCCGCUCAUUUGAUGCCAUGCGAGUUCUCAUCUGUUCCCGUGGGUCCAGUGUUAAAAGACUGUGUUUGGGCUGUUUCAUUUAAUCAAGACUUGAUAGGUGAAAGUUUGGACUCAAGAGCUCUUCUUUCUUUUUUAAAUCAGGAUUUUAUGCUGCAAAAAUUGCUCUGAAAUCCAGGAAGCUUCUCUGCAGCCUUUUUAAAACUAGAUUUGUCCUUACUGAGUUCUAAUCUGCAGUCAGAGACACGCCGGCAGCGCUGGGCACGAGGCUGUCUGGAGGAAGGACUGGCGGAGCGGCUCUGGGGAGAAAGCCCCCUUCUUGCCCUGGGCAGCCGCGCCUGGACGUGUGCAUGUGCACCAGUGUGUGCCGUUCAGCGCUUUGAGAGGGAACAGGAGGCUGGCGUUGAGAGAAAGGAUGGAAAUACACUGCUGAUUUUCUCCCUGGUGGUUUCACUUCUUUCUCCUCCCGGGCUGGACGUGUUGGUAAACAGGAUGGCCAGGCGGGGUCAUACCAUUUCUGGGCUUCAGUGCUCUGCUGGCGUCUUGUCACCCCCCAGGACUUGUUUUGAUGCCUCAGAGACCAUGUCAGGUCUCCGUUGCCUCGUAUUUAUACCUAAUUUUAGCCUGUGCACAUUUUUCUGUCUUGCAAAGAAUUUUAGCAGAAAAUGUGCCACUGUCAGCUUUGUCUCUGUAUCUUCACAGCAAUACUCUCCCUGGUCGUUACCAGCAGGGCUCGAGAAAUGAGGUGCCCUGUCAUUGGCAUUUUCCUUAAAUCCAGGCUUUCCUUUAGCCUUACCUGCUGGUUGCCUGGAGGGAUGCUUCAGUCCUCGGGAAAGAACACAAGCACUGCCACUAGAGGGAGCUGUCAGCUGGCCACCUGGGGCUGGAAGCCGCUCAGGAGCCUGUACAGGACACUCUCCCGGCGACAGGUUCCUUGGCCAGCCCCAGAGUCCCUGCUCAGACUGGCCCCGGGGAUGUCUGUCUUUUUUAAUUAUCAGUGUCAGUGGCUUGGGCUUUCUGUCAUUUCUACAGUCUGUUGUGUUUCAGAAUGGGGAAUAAGUUCUAGAGUGGAGUUAUUAACAAAAACUCUUAGUCAUUUUUGUGUGUGUGCUUUCCAAAGCAGUACAUGCUUAUUAUAAGAAAAAAUACACAGUUUAGCACAUGGAAACCUUCAGUCGCCGAUUUUGUGGCUCUUUAUAGUCCUUUCAGAGAGAUCUGUUUAUAGGAGAGGAAGAUGUGAAAAUAGACAAGAUUCUCAAAUUCUGGGAUUCAUUUUAUUUUAUAAACAAAGACAGCCCAGUUGUGUCUGUCCUCUGUUAGGCCUGGGGCAGGAUUCAGUGACCCUAAGAUGGUCUGUGUGUGGAAACUGAUUUAAGAAAGGGAAGAGGGAUACUUAGGCUGGCCCUUAGGUCCCAUGGAUUAUGCUUUUGGAGAACAGAACUGGAAGGGGCCUGUGGAAGAGGACAUCUCGGGUUGUCGAGGUUGCCUACUGCCUCCACUGGGUCCCCUCUGUGGGCAGUUACGGAAGUAACCUGACGGAUGGUGUGAAAUCAACUGAUGGGGAGGAGACAGGAUCCUUCUGUUGUACCAGAUGGUGAUUUCUUAAAAAAUUGUCUAUUCGGUAGUUUAUUUCCUUAGAUUAGGAUGUGGCAAUAGAGUGGUAAAGGCAGCAGGCUUUCAUGUUAAAGCUCUGUUUAAAUCCUGUGGGCCACAGGCUGGCAGUGUGACAUUGGGGCGGUCUGUACCGUGAGCCUGUGUCCCCCUUUGAGAUGGGCUGGGAGCUCUUACCCCAGGAUCGCUAUGAGGAGUCCAUGAGCAUGUGGGAAAGGCCUAGAAGUAGCUCAGCGUACAUAGCCUGGCUCUGGUUAGACUGUAAACUGCAAAAGAGGGCAGGGACCAAGAGAGGGUACCUCACAGUCACACUGCGGCAAAGCAGAAGCUAAACGUUGAAAUCUGCAGCCGUCCUGUCUGUCCUGCCUCAGGGCAUGUUUACCUUAAAAGUGGUUUUCUAGCCCGGCAUGCUGUCUUCAGAGGCCCCUGAGGAAGGGUCCUCACCUCCCACUGAGUACCCAUUCCUGGGGGUUUUCAUAAACCCCCACAUUCUGCUUUUAAAAUUGUAUGAAUGACUCAUGUAGAAAAUGGCCCUAAGUUCACCAACACAUAGAUAAUCCCUGUAAAUGCCGUGACACUGUUCCUUAUCUGGUCUUUUCCAGAUUGCAAGUGUGUUUUACAAAACUGGUGUCCUGGUGUAUGUAUGGCUUUCUGUUCAGCCCUUUUUACUUAACAUAGGAACUUUCCUGUCAUUAAAUAUUUUUGAGACUA